AUGGUGGCAGCUUGUAGGACAGUACCCUCAAAUGCACAUAAAGAGAUUAAUAGUUGUACAGAAAAAAUAAAAAUGAGUGAAACCAGACAACUUCAGAACGAGGUUGAAACAAACGUAUUUGCCGUGCCAAUUUCAACUCCAAACAUUGUUCAAAACUCAGAUACUGCGAAAGUCGCAGAAAUAGAAGAGAAACCGCGUGUGAACAAUAAUGAAAACGUGUCCGCAGCAACUUCGACACGAAGGUCGCUGAGAAAUGCUUCCAAGAUAGUGAGGAAUACGACAUCAAUCAGAGAUUCUGCGUAUAUCACUGUAAAUAACGUAGAACCUGCUCAGGCAGAAACCACAACCCCCCAAGAACACUUUUCACCUUUAUCAACUAAUCGAAGAGGUCCCGGUCGACCACGGAAAUCAAUCGUUUUCGAGGGAAUCGAAACAUCUUCGGUAAGCACAAACGUUAGUCACGUACGAGGAAACACAGAAACAUCACACUCUUCUUUACCCAACGGGUCUACCUUAAGAAUUAAGUUUGCUAAAGUUGGUCCAGACGCAACAACCACUUCUUUAACCACCCCUGUCACAAGAGUGCCUUCGACUCAACCCUCUGUUGUAGUCGCGUCUUCAUCGCCACUCAAUUUCGCGAACGCUCUCGAUACGCCCGCCAAUGGAGGGCCGGGAAUUCCCACGUCAAAUGUUCCAACGCAUAAUAACGAUACAACAUCAAUUAGUUCCAUUUCUGGUACCCCUGUAAAAAGGGGACCAGGGAGGCCACGUAAGAACCCAUUACCACCAAAUAUUCAACCUUCCCUUCCCUCAAAUAACGACUCAUCUGCGAGGCAGAGUGAAAGGAAAAGGAAGGUUACGGAGAAUAGAGGAGUUGAUUCAUACCCCACAGAGUCUGAAAGGAAAGGUAACAAGAGGUCCACUGAGAAGGAGUCCACCCCACGCAAGAGAUCGAAAACCGAUUUUAAUAGCGAAGAAUCAUUCCGAAAAAACAAGUCAUCCGAACCAACCGAGAAGAAAAAAUCACCCCUGGAAGAACUUCGUGAAAAGAAGAUAACGGAGAAGGAGGCAGAACUCGUGAAGGUCGUGGACGAUCAUGAUUCCCUGAUCCGAGAGCUAUAUUACAUGGAAUCUUACCAUUUGUUGCUAAAUAACCUCGACCCGCAGACAAUAAAACAGGACAAUAGCGAGCGUAUGGUUAAGUAUUUGGCAAGUCACAACUUGUGGUCCACCUUGAACGAUCAAGUUGUCAAUAUCCAAUCAAAUUCCAAACGGAUGUCCACUCGUCAUUCGCUCACCAAACAUCGCGAAACAAUUGUCAACAUGUUACAAAAAUCCGUCGGUUCGCGUGGAUUCAACGUGGAAGUUCAGCCUGAUUCCGUAUCUUGGGAACCAGGGGCAAAUACCCGCGGUUCCCGUAGGACCUCAAGGACGGAGUCCUCCAGAAAUCGCGAAAUAACUUUUGCCGGGGGAUUGUCAUCCUAUUCACUUCGUCGACGUGGUCACGCUCAGUUCUCUAGCCUGAAGGAUUACUUGGAGUCCUUCGUAACCUUAGAUGAAGAAGAUAUAACUCCGGCCGAAGAAGAAUUGAGGGCACAGAACGAAGCCGAGCUUCAGUACCGUAUCUGGGUAUUGAAAAAUGAGGGAAGACUAAAUAAAGUCUCCAAGCCAGCUCUCGAACCGCCUCGCUCUAAGGUUCACUGGGAUUACCUGCUCGACGCGGUCACUCAACACUCGAAAUACAUGAACAAGUUGACAGAAGCAAAGUUUCGAAUCACGCGUCAAAUUAGUAAGGCGGUAUCGCAACAUUUCUUUAAAUUGGCAAAUCAAGGGUCAAGGGAAAGAAAGCUGGAGGAAAAACGGAUCAAAAAAUUAGCCAAGACCACGGCGAACCUUGUCAAACAGAAAUGGAAAACGGUCGAGUCGAUUGUACUGGCGAAACACAAAGAAUUGCUUCGUGAAGAACAAGAGCGUGAAGGAAAGCGUCACCUGAACCUGCUCAUUGAACAUUCCACUCAGAUGCUGGAGGUCCAGCAAAAUGAACUAUUGGGAACUCGGUCUAAACGAAUUCGUAAGAAUUUUAUCGAUACCAAUGUCAAACUUGGCAACACUUAUGAAGAAUGUGACGACCUGGAAAAGUAUAACACGGAAGAUUCCGAAUUUGAGGUUGACAAAGAUUCGCCCGAUUAUGACCGAAUGUCACAUUCUUGUACGGAAGAAGCAGAAGUAGAAUCAUCGGAUGAUGAUGAAAUUCGUGACUUGCAAGACGAAAAAGAUCUUCCACUCGAGGACCUAUUGGAAAAAUACGAUUACCCCAUAUGUGACGAAGAGCGUGCCGUUAAAGGUAAUAAGAAAUUUGUAACCGAUGUUUCCGGCGAAUGCGCUAUCACUUCUCUCACUGAUAAAAAUUCAGAUUUAGUUUCAAGUGAAUCUUCAAGUCACAUAAAACCCUCAAAAUCGGUAUCACCUUCGAUCUCAUUUAAUGGUCAAGCGGAUAUUACGAAUGAUACAAAACGAGGAAGAUUACGCGCCCGAACAUCGUCCCGUGAAUUCAAGUUAGACACCACUGUUCAAGAUCCGUAUAUCGACGACAAGGAAUUUAUGAUGUCACCUGACCAGAUUGACGAAGAUCACGAAUCGUCAUUGGAUGAACAAGAACUUGAGGAAAAUUCCGAGGAGGAGGCACUGGAGUUGGAUGAAUUGGAGAAUGAAUCAAAGCUCCCGAUAGAGGAACUGCUGAAACGUUAUAGCUGUCUUCCCAGUGACAAUGCAGGGGUAGAAAGCGAAACUGACGAAGUAGAAACGACGAUGACAAUCGUGGCAAACGGAGACGCCAAAUCGUAUAAUGAAGACGAAGAUUUUCGUAGUGAAGUGAAAUCCAACAGCGAAAGUUGUGCAACCGUAGAAAACGCUGAAAGCAAUGGAAAAUGUAAUCUUGAGGACUCAUUUGAUGGUACAGCGUUGAACAAGGAUGUAGGUCAACAUGAUGUAGAAGAAUCCAUCGAUCGUAUGGACAUAGAUGAGGAUUUCACCACGAAAUUGUUGAUAGCUGAGCCAAAUGAAAUCACUCAUAAAGAAGAAAAUAAAUUUCCUAAUGAUGAAACUCGAGAAAGCGAAAAUGUAUCAAACCCCGCCGAGACCACGAAAGGACCGGAGCCGCCCACUGGAACCACUUUAUCGACCACCAAUGUGCGUACUCAAAUUCCACCGUUACUGAGAGGGAAGCUUCGUGAAUAUCAACACGUUGGCCUUGAUUGGCUCGCCAGCUUGUACAACAAUGGGUUAAAUGGUAUUCUUGCAGAUGAAAUGGGACUGGGUAAGACCAUUCAGACAAUUGCUUUGUUGGCGCAUCUGGCUUUUGAAAAGGGCGACUGGGGUCCACACCUGAUCGUCGUGCCUACCAGCGUUAUCAUCAAUUGGGAGAUGGAAUUUAAAAAGUGGUGCCCAGGUUUUAUAAUCUUAACAUACUAUGGGAGUCCGAAAGAGCGAAGGGAAAAACGAAUAGGUUGGAUGAAAGAGCAUACCUUUCACGUCUGCAUCACUUCUUACCACCUCGUUGUUUUAGAUCAAGUCGUGUUCAAGAAAAAGAAAUGGCAUUAUUUGAUUCUUGACGAAGCGCAUAAUAUUAAAAAUUUUCAAUCGCAGAGGUGGAAGACUUUACUGAACUUUAACUCUGAAAGAAGGCUGUUACUCACAGGGACUCCAUUACAAAACAACCUCAUGGAGUUAUGGUCUUUAUUAUACUUCUUGAUGCCCAACGGAGUCUCGGGAGACAUGCCUCUUGGGUUUGCCAAUCAAAAGGAGUUUCAAGAGUGGUUUUCGCGUCCUGUAGAUAGAAUGAUCGAAAAUAAUGAACAAUUUGAUGAUGAGACCCUCUCUGCGGUUCAAAAACUUCACACCGUCCUGCGACCAUAUCUUCUGCGUCGUUUGAAAAGUGACGUAGAAAAGCAGCUUCCUGCGAAACACCAUCAUAUAAUUAAAUGCCGUCUUUCCAAACGACAGCGAUUUUUGUACGAUGACUUCAUGUCCCGGGCCAAAACCAAAGAAACACUUCAAUCUGGAAAUUUUUUGAGUAUAAUUAACUGCCUCAUGCAAUUACGCAAGGUCUGCAAUCAUCCAGACUUAUUCGAAGUGCGGCCCAUUCGAACGUCGUUUGCCAUGUCAAAGUCCGUUCUGGCGGAUUACGAGAUUUCCGAAUUUGUGGUUCGCCGGAAUAUCCUAAGAAAUAUUAAUCGGAUUAAUAUGCUAAACGUGGAUUUUCUGAAUCUUGUUCCAAUUCAAUUUGAGAACGACCAGAGUAUGAUUACUUCGGAAGUGUGUUGGGAAUUGAAUUCAGAAGGAAGGUUUUUGGAGAGAAUUAAAAAUUACGAUACAACAGAGGAAAUUACGGAUACCGGGAAGGCGACGAUAUAUAACAGCUUCGUGGAGUUUGGUAAAACGAUGGAAUUGCGCGCUCGCCUAGAUAAUGUGCAGAGAUGGAGUCAUAUGCGAUAUAUUAAUUCUUUUCGUCUCAAACGUCGUCCAAUAUACGGAUCAGGCUUGUACAGACUAUGUCGCCAACUAGGCACGACUAUAUGUAGCACCGCUUUAGUCGAUGCGAACAAUCCCAGAAAGUUCUUUGAUCAUACAAAGUCACUCACAGAAAUGAUCGUAUCCUACGAACGUCGAUAUAACAUGAUGGAAGAUAUCAUAAAACAAUAUGCAUUUGUUACUCCGGCGGUUGUUGCAAGGGACGUAGCCUCAUAUGCAUUAGCCGGAUUACCUGAAGAGAUGCGUUUAAUGAUUUACGAUCAAGUGCAAGACUUGUAUCAUCCUAUUCGCGUUAAACUUCAGGUCGCCUUCCCCGACAAGAGAUUGCUGCAAUACGAUUGCGGUAAACUUCAAGAAUUGGAUGUGCUGCUUCGGAAGCUUAAGGAAAACGGACGUCGUGCAUUAAUUUUCACUCAAAUGACACGAGUCCUUGAUAUAUUAGAAAUAUUUUUGAACAUUCAUGGACAUCGCUAUCUUCGACUGGACGGUGCUACGAAAAUCGAGCAACGUCAGUUAUUGACGGAACGUUUUAAUCACGAUCCAAAAAUUUUAGUGUUCAUACUUUCAACGAGAUCCGGGGGGUUGGGAAUUAAUUUGACGGGAGCAGAUUCCGUCAUAUUUUAUGAUUCUGACUGGAACCCAUGCAUGGACCGUCAAUGUCAAGACAGAUGUCACCGAAUUGGUCAGACGCGCGAGGUCAACAUUUAUCGUUUUGUCAGCGAAUAUACCAUCGAGGAAAACAUGCUGCAAAAGGCUAAUCAAAAACGGCUGUUGGAUAAAAUGGUGAUCACGGACGGAGAAUUUACAACCGAUUAUUUCCAGAAGAUGGACUGGCGUGAGCUUGUCAGUGACAUUGCACCUCAUCGUGUAAGAGAUGUAAUCGACGAGCCAAGUUCCGGUGUCGAGUUGGAACAAUGCCUUGCGGAGGUUGAAGAUGCUACUGACGUUAACGCGGCCAAGGUGGCGCGGAACGAAAUGGAUCUUGACUUGACGGAUUUUGCCGAUACUGACACACCGGCAGAAAGCUCCGCUGCGAGACGUGCGAGUUCAGUAUCUACGGCUCCGUCACCGCGUAUGGCCAAUGAGAUGGUCGAGACCGGCGACGAGACACCAGAUCAUGUGGAUUAUUAUAUGCUUCGUUUCAUGGAACGUGAAUUAGAACUUAAUGUUGGGUUCGGUGGACUACCGGAUCCGGAAGAAAAUUUUGUUUCUGAAUAA